UUUGGGGUCACUGUAAAAUAAUUCCGACCUCUCCUCCUUGAGUGAAGGUUCACCGCGGUGACUCUUUUACGUUAGCUGCUCACCGCCGUGGAGUAAAAACGCUUCAGCCGCGAUGUCUGGUCGUGUUCUCGUUGGAGUCAAACGUGUCAUUGACUAUGCUGUCAAGGUAAUGUUAUCCUACUUAAACGUCGACUCUGCAUUUUAUAAAUAUAUAAUAUAUUCCGCGCUAACUCUCUUGACUUUCUGUGUGCUUUGCUAUAGCUAUCAUUAGCCUGCUGGAGCCAGCUGGUUGUGUCCCAACAGUUGAGGGGCAAAACUAGUUGGUAAAUAAGACUACAGCCUGAAGCAAAACAUAUAUGUCCGGAGAUAGCGUAAUGGAAUAGUUUAGUAUCCCCAACAAUGCAAUGUAUAACAGGUUGAUGCUUUCUUAAGUUGUGUAACACGAUGUUCGGUUAGAACCAUAAACCCUAAAGGCAGAUCAAACUGUAAAAUCAGCCUACAAUCACAUUUUACUGCCCUCUAGACUAGAGAAACAGGACAACACAGUGAUCAAUACUUUUUUUGCAGCUGUUUCAUGCCACAGCAGGAUCCGUCCUGCUCCAGCUGCCCUCAACAGGAUCUCUACUGACUUAUCUUUUGCUCUCCUCUGACUGUCAAACAGACCAGCAGGCAGGUGAUUGAAACAUGAUGGGCCAUGAGAAGACAUAGAUGUGGAUAUCUGGUUAAAUGAGGAGUAUAUAACACCCUAGACAGUUAGUGGAGUGUGCACCGGUUGUCUUCUUAGUUAGAAAAUCAACAUUUGGUGUCAGUGAUACAUAACAGUUUUGUACAUCAGGUGCCUUCUCUCUGUUUUGAGCAUCCUCUUUCCGUACCAUUAAGAACUUGUCACACACAGCUGGUACAGCGCUCUGACCUCUACCACAAUCAUGUGCAUUUGGCAUAAUCUCAAAGGUGCGCCACUAGCCAGGCCGUACUGUCCAAAAUUAGCACAAACAUCAGACCACUCUGUUGGUGCUGUGACAGAACAGGAUUAAAUGUCUACAACCAAGUUCCAAAAUCACAUGGAGAGUCUGCUACGACAUACUCUAUGGAUCUGGAGCCAAUCUUACACAUGUUGGUGUAUUUUGUGGACAAAAGUUGACCUUGGACACCUGGUCAAUUUUACAACAUGUCAUCUUUCCACCAGAAGGGAACGCUCCUCUCUGUCAUUUUCCAUUGGCAGCACUCAAUAGUUGUACAAUGUUCAUUUAAAGAAACAAAGAAAUAGCCAUAGACUGUAUAUACUAUGGACAACUUGGUUCCGCCUCCCGCCUGUUUAUGAAUUUGAAGCCAAAAAGCUCUCAGUAUAUCCGUGAUUUUUCUUCAAUUUCUGAAACCAGAGCUGCGCAGUAGCAUUGUGCGCAUUAGGCGGGAGAGUCGCCGAGAGUCGCUGUGAUGACGCUCGGCUCAAACAGCGUAUCCCCCGGGUGAGCUACGGAAUCUUCGUACGCCCAUAGGCUGUAUCAGGUGUCAAUCAUAGAAAACAUGAACCCCCUAAUAACUUUAAAAAACGGAGCUUCACAGAAAAAAGAGGACUUGAGCACAAACCAGUCUGACAGUAACUACAUGUCAACAUUGCAACCAGGGGGGAGAAAAAUUUAAAUUCUGUGUAAUAAUUUUCUAAACUUUGUCCAUCAGCUCCAUAAGCUUUGCUAGCGGAGGUGGGAUCUAUGACCUAUACUGCAGCCCGCCAACAGAGGGUGCUGUUCUCAGAGUGGCUUGGAGUCUAUGGAAAUAACACACCAGUUAAUACAAGACUGCUAUUUACCAUGUAUCAAAAGAUGCCUCGCCUUUUUACCUUGAACAAACUUUUAUGUCUGACUUCCUUAAUGAGUCCCUGUGCGUAAAAGUUUGCCAGGGAAUCCAGUCGGUAUGGAUUGUUUGUGAACGGGCACCCCUGUAGUGACUGCCCCGCGGUCUUCUUUCUCCUCAGAUUCGAGUGAAGCCGGACAACAGCAGCGUGGUGACAGAUGGAGUUAAGCACUCGAUGAACCCCUUCUGUGAGAUCGCGGUGGAGGAGGCGGUCAAGCUGAAGGAGAAGAAGCUUAUUAAGGAGGUUGUGGCUGUCAGCUGUGGGCCACAGCAAGCUCAGGUGGGUAAGACAGGGCCAGAAUCCCCUUGAAUCUCGGCCUUGUUAAUCAAUGUCAUCCUGAAGAACAGUGAGAUCUGGCGGGAUGCCUACUUCCUGAUGGGUUCUUUCCAAGGGUUCAAAACUUCAAACCUUUGAUGGUUCUUCUGCUUCAUCUUUUAAAUUCAUCUAAAAACUGAUGCCAGCCUGUUGAUGUAGUUUUAUCAUGGGACAAAUGUCGAUAACUUGAUGGGAAUCAUUAAAAUAACUCAUGAGACUUUCUUUGAUCAGACAUCUAUGUCGCAUAAAAUGUUUGUGCUUAUUAAAUGUGUCAUUUGCCUUGUUACAGAUAAUGAUUUAAAGACAUUUCAUUAGUUUUUGUCUGUCUUUUGUACUUCACUCCAAACAAAUCCUAUCGAUGUAGAUUGACAGAAACCCGUAUUUAUGCCUGUCCACACUAAUUUUUAAUGCUCUUUUGUUUAGGAGACUAUCCGUACCGCCCUCGCCAUGGGAGCAGACCGUGGUAUCCAUGUUCAAGUUGCUGGGAAAGACUAUGAAUCCAUGGGCCCUCUUCAGGUUUCUAAGAUCAUGGCUGCUUUGGCCAAAAAGGAGGAUGCUCAACUUGUCAUACUUGGCAAACAGGUAAAAAAGAAGGAAAAGAGAAAAUCACUCUACCUCUCUUUCUUUAAGUUAGAUUAAAGUACCUGCUCUUAUAUUAUGGUUUUCCUCAGUCUAAUUUGCGGUGCUUAUUACCUUUUUAAUGACUUGGAUUGCUUCCACAGGCGAUCGAUGACGACUGCAACCAGACAGGUCAGAUGACAGCAGCCUUAUUGGACUGGCCUCAGGUGAGUUCUCACUCUAAUGCUGUUACUCUUAAUAAGAUCUAGCCAACCUGAUCAAAAAUAAAUAACAGUCAGAUAACUGGAUUACAGCAGUUUAUUGGUUGUAUAUUAGCAGGGCUGCUAUCAGGCUGUGUUCUCGUCCUGGCUGCCUUAUCAAAGUAAGCCAUGACCAGUUGAGGUCAGUGAGAGCUGCAGUGUUCCUGCACACGGCAGGAAAGCAGGGCAAAGGCUGCUUAGACAGGUGAAGUUUCACUGUCUGGCCAUUGGAUGGAGCUCUUUGACACAGUGGGCAGUCUGAGGCUCAUAUCAAACCGUAAAUGCAGACAUUUUAACCAACUGAGAGCUUAAACUGAAAGUGUUCUAUCAUUAUCAUAUCUUCUUUUCUAAAUAUCAUCACUACCAAACCUAAGACCUUUUCUAAAUUCAUAGUCACCCACAAUUUAAAUGUUGUUCUAGAGUAUUACCUGUAGGUGGAGCAAGUUGGCAGUCUUGUGUCCUUGGAUAACCCUAUCCCACCCUGCUUUGUGCACUGCAGGGUUAGAGAUUUUGAUGUAUGAAAAAUGUCUUUUUUGAUCCUGCUGUUUGUGCAAAUUUGUAGGUAAUGAUGAUUUUUUUCCUCCUCUUUACCUCCCUCUUCAGGGAACCUUUGCAUCAGAAGUGGCAUUGGAAGGAGAUAAAAUCAAAGUGGUGAGAGAAAUUGAUGGUGGCCUGGAAACUAUUAGGAUCAACACACCUGCAGUGAUCACAGCAGACCUUCGACUCAACACCCCCAGAUAUGCUACCCUGCCUAAUAUCAUGGUAGGAAGCAUGAAGACGCAUAUAAUACAGUUUUUAUUGAUAAAUUAUGCAGCACGAAAGGAAAACAACCCUAAAAACGACACAAAGAUUACAUUUCCUAAGCAUCAUUCACUUCCACUCUUUGUUCAAAGGAUGCUUUGACAUUGUAGAGUCUGUUCAACACCUCUGUCUCGUGUUUUCCCACUUCCAGAAAGCCAAGAAGAAGAAGAUAGCUAACAUGAAGCCUGAAGACUUAGGGGUUGACCUCACAUCCCGGUUGGAGGUGUUGAGAGUGGAUGAGCCCCCGCAGAGAGAGGCAGGAGUGAAGGUGGAGACGGUGGAAGACCUGGUGGGCAAACUGAAAGAUGCAGGGAGAGUAUAAAGGCUCCAGGAGCAUAAAUAGAGGAACACAGACUGAGCAGCAGGGUGAGUGUCACUGUUUUCACAAAUGUAGACGCCUGAGGUUAAAAAAAAGGUUUCAUGACUAAGCAGAGACUUAAAAGACCCUGACAAACAUUUUGCAAAUAUCUGUUGAGAUAUUUUUCAUUUUGUCAGUUGAGAGCCAAUUAAGUUACCCAUUCAUUAAAAGAAAUAUAUAUUUUUUGCCACUAAUCAGUCAAUAGCACACUGGCAUGCAGGGCCUCCAUUUAUGAAAGAAGUGCAGAUGAGUUCAGCUUUAACAGGAAUGAAAUCAAAAUAACAGCUCUAAUAGAAUUUACUGAGGAACUUAACAUCCUAGUGUGAAUAGAGAUUUAAAUCCUGACUGCUUUAUAUGAAAGAAAAAUCUCAGAGUCUAAAUGAGCACAAUUUAUUCAACACUGCUAAACAAGAGAUCAUAGAGUCUGCAGUUAGAUAAUGUUUGUUUGUCAGAUAUUGCCAUCACUAGCAGAGCUAUAGCAUCAAUAAUCUUCAGUCUCCCUUGCAGAUUAACAUCCACCUGUCUGAGCUGGCUAGCAGUGCUUUCUGUGUAUUAUGUCUGCUUUCUUGAUAAACAAAAAUACUGUUAAACCGUCAAUACUACAAACCAUCUGUUAGUUUUACUUCUUUAGCUUUAUGGCAGCCACCAUUUACCAGAGGAGCUAUAGCUUAGGCACGCUAAAUAGCCACUGUCAUUUUUGGUGUUUCAGGGCCUACACCAAUGAAAAUUUAAUAAUUUGUUUAACCAGUAAUUCUAUCAAUGGCCAGUAGUGGUGAUGAUGUUAAAUGGUUUACCGAAUUUUUCGUACUAUAAGGCACACUUAAGAUCCUCUUUGGCUUGUCGGAGCACUGCAGCUACUGUAGCCUCGCGAAAUUAUUGAAUGAGUUAAAUAAAGUUUGACUUAUCUGACUGUUUUGUUCGGCUUAACGCGCUUUAUAAUCCGGUGCGCCUUAUGUAUGAAAAUAGACACGAAUAGACGCAUUCAUUGAUGGUGCGCCUUAUAGUGUGAGAAAUGCGGUAGACAACUUAACUUGCACAUCCAUAGUCAUGAUAUUAAAUGACAUACCGCUUCUUUGACGUAGUUUGAAGUUUCCUCUCUGAAAUCAACAAUUUCUCAAUUCCAUUCAUUUAAACUUUUGAGGGGGAAAUUGCUUCAAAAAUAUAAGUGUUAUUAUAUCUGUAGAUUCUUUACUAUAUUUUAUGUAUCAGCAUUAAGUCAAGUGUGGAAGAGAGGUUUCAGAAAACGUAUCCUGAUAAACCUACUUAUAUUUGCCUCUUUAUGACUCGAUACAUUUCAGGCUUUUAUUUUCAUGCAGCACAGAAAUGUCUUAUCACGAGAAAGAGAAUUACUAUUGAUAAAUUUGCCUGGAAUAUUAAUAAUAUGAUACCCUUUUAUCCCUGUCUCUUCAUCGAAAAACUAAAAAAAAAAAAAAAAAACUAAUUAAUUGCUUUGACAAAGGGUAUUGUGUGUCCUCUGUGCACGAAAGCAAAACUAAUUAAAAAUUUUAAUUGCUGCUCUUGUCUUGAAUUACAUAUCAUACGUUUCUUUCUUUCCUUGCAGGACUCACUAAUGAAUAUCUGGACUGUUUUACAUAAGCACGCCUGGAGGACUAGCUUAUGUACUGGUCUGAUCCCUCUGUUUGAGACUGUUGCUCCUGGGGAUGUGCGGGAGGUAGGGGCAGGAGAAGAAGAGUACUGAGACACACUACUUCAGCAGACCCAGACAACCAGACAAACACAAAAGAUCAUCUCGUCUUUUAUAUGCGUUUUAAUUCAACUCAAUAACGAGCCAGGAAUCUAACUUAAACAGUCUUUAUGCAACAACUGAAACCCAGAAACUUCCUUUCACUCACGCCUCUGUUUUUGUUGCAGAGUACUUUAACACCACCAGUACGGUGCAUUUCACUGACAGUUGCAGCUCUUUAAUCUUGUAUAUCUGUAGUCACACAUGUUAUGAGGUGCAGUUUUUGUAAAUUAUAUGUAAAUAUGGACCCAAACAUGUUGAGAUGAUUAUGUUCUUCAAGAUAAAUGUUAAAUCUACUGAUCAUUUGUAUAGUUUGUGAAACUGGGUUUCAGUUUUGCCUGGAGAGAGUUCAGCCUCAGUAUGAAGAAGAGAAGAUGAUCAUAACUCAAAAUUAACCAUAAGCGCCUCAAUUUACUGUUGAUUGUACAGAUCAUUACCAUGACAAUAAAGCAGCCAGUCUUUUUCAUAUCUAAACACACAUGUGACUG